GCAGGGACCGCCAGGUGUCUGUCUGCACACGGCUGUGGUGGGACCCCUCCAGCAGCGAGGACACAGAAUAGUGAACCUGCAUGUGACAGCCUUAGCUCCAAGAUCCGGCCACAUCUUCGGAAUAAGUCACGGUGUAACAGGGUUCAGUGCCGAAUCUUUGACCGAUUGUGUAACUCGGAUCUUGUGAAUGCAGCUUUUAAUUUCUACGUUAUGUUCUUUAAUUUGGAGCACGUACAGUACCGCAUCGAUAAACAAUUUGCCAGAGAAUAGGUGGCAGUAAAUCCGAAAAGCACAAGUUUUUGUUGCGGACAAUUUCUUUUCGUGUGCACAAUGUAAAGAAGACUGGAGACCUCUACGUAAGAUAACCUGAUCGUGUAAGUGAAGCAUUCCAGUAAAUAUGCGAUCUUCAUGAACUUAAGAAUACAUGUAUAGUGAUUUCGGCGAAAGAUCGUUGAGCUGCAAUUAGAGUGUGCGAAGAAUUUUCCACACUAAUGUGCGUGUAUUACUCUCGCUCGAAUUUCCUUACAAUCGUUCACUUUGUGCUUCUCAUAAACAUCAUAUGUACAGACUGGAAUUUCCCUUGAGUGAUCAGUUGGCAUUUAGGAGAUGUACCGUGUAAUCAGAGUAAGUCAGCAGGAAGCGUGACGAAGGAGUUGUUGACACCCCUCUUCAUCUUGCCGGCUCAGCUGUCGUCGAAUGAGCUGCAGUCACCAUCUUCAUCGGAGACAACGUAUUGUGACGGAUGCUCCUCUCAUUUGUCCGCGUAUCACUAUUUUACGACAAGAGAGAAAGUGUUUACUAUAAAAUUCGUCGUUGCUGUAAUUAUUGUUUUCGUAGCUUUUUAAAGAAAUCGCGUGCCUGAAAUGGUGCAUUGUGCGACAGAUGUGAACGUAGUAAAAUAUUUGGUACUUGUAAAUACCUGCACCGAAGUUGAGGACGAAUAAGGCAGACUGUUCAUCAAAAGUGAAAGACGAUGUUAGAGUGCCACUCGUUCAAUCGUCCACUGGCCGAAUGCUACAAACGGUUUUUAUAAACGACCUUCCAUUCGCCAUCGAAAGCUCACUGUAGUGAGUAGCAACACCGGCGUGCAGUCUGGAGCGUGACUACCCGCUGGAGAGUCGUGGCUGCCCAGCGAUGGUGGAAUCGACGCAGGGCGCGGGCGCCGCCCCUGGAGGCCAGUCUGCGACCGGCGGCCGCGACGAGGCGGUCCCCAACGCGCCCACCACCCGGUCGCCGGAGUCGGAGGAGCGGCGCCGCACGGGCCAGUACAUGGCCCUGGGCGUCGUGGCGGCGACCUUCCUGGUGGGCCUCUACCACGCCUGCCUGCAGAAGAACGCCGCGCUGGCCGGCCUGCUCGUACCCUCGCUCAUCAUGAUCGUCUACCUGGCCUGGGUGCUCUACUCCGCCAGGAAGAAGAAGUACGGGGAGAGGAGGCGCAGCUCGGCGCUGGAGAGUGGCGGACUGACGCCACGGGCGGCGCGGCGGCUCGCCGAGCACUGCUACAGCAACCCACAGCAGGACAUCACCGCCACGGAACUGAAUAAUGCAUCAACAAAUAUUCGGAUCGCAUGACGCAGCCGUGUAGCUGUGUGCUGCCACACCCUCGUCGUGCUGCCAUGUUCUGUGGCUCAAAACGACAACUACUGCUGAAUUCCAACGAACUUCCCAAGAAGAAGUGCUGGCUCCGUCAGCGGGGAGUCCUGCUUAGUUUACGUUCCAGUGUCAAAACAUAUGAUCAAACUGUUGCCAAUUUUUAAAAAAAAUGCCAUUUCUCAUCAUCUACACGACAUUGGAGAAUCGUAUCAAGUUGGAGGUCUGAGUUUGGGAAACAACUGACUCCAUUGGCCCAAUUUCAGCUUAAUACUCUUCUUAUCAGCUCGUUUAUAGAGACUGUUCAAAUCUAUCAUUCGAGGUUCUCCUAUUAGCAGUUUGUUUCAAUAGACGUCAAAACAUUUCUGUCUGGAUCUAAGCACAGUAGGGUAUCUAGACGUUUUGUUUCCAGUCAGCAUUAUUAGGGAAAACCUCUCAAUUUGAGCAUGCCAUUUCACUUGCUUUCGUGGAAACGGUUCACCCACUGUCUCUGGAGUGUCUCCUGAAGAAUCGAGACGAGUAACAUUUGGUCUUAUUCAUCCCAAAUGUUAUUUAGAGCACACCCAUCGAGCAAGGCAAAUGGAGCUAGCUGUAGUAUGGCGACAAAAGGCAACUGUGUCAUGAUGGUCAUUUCUAAAGAAAGAAUUAGUUAUAAUACUGAAAUUAUAAUUUUAAUCUAACAACAGAAUACUUAUCUAUAAGUAUAGGGAAACUUUUUUUUGUAAUACAUCGAAGAGAUACUUUUAGGUUAUCGACAAUACUACAAAAUUCUCACUUGUGUCCUAAAGCGUGGUUAAAUUCGCCCCAUCGAGAGAGAAACUUUUAGAUAACAUCAUACAGGUACUGUAACAAAAAGCUUCCAAAGCAAUUUAUUCACUGUUGAAAGUUAUCACGUACAGUGCCAACCUUAUCCAAUAACAGUGUCCUUUUUUUCAAAAUUUAACACUCCUACGAAAUCACAUCACAUACCAGUACGUAACAGAAAACAUAACUCAUUUUAUGAAUAGUUACACAAGAAAUUCAUCUUUACAUCUUUAAUACGGAAAUCUAUGAGAUAUUGUCAGUUCCGUAAUUUUUUAGGUGACACUUGUCUAGAAUUCACAUUACGUUUGAAAGACGAGUUCACAAAUUUUCUGCUAUUUCCAGCCGAUUAAAGUGUAUAGUACCACACUGAAUUCAUUCUUAACUGUUGCCAAAACAAAUUUAAAUGUGAAAAAUAUUGACCUACCUACGAGCAAGUAUGGUUUGAUCAGUGUACAACCACUACAGGAUAUAUAAGUUCAACAAAGCUGGGAAAGAAAUUUGAUUUCUGAAAGAAGCAAAUAUUCUCUAACUGGUUAUUUUAGACACAAAUAAAAUGUGUAUACGACCCUCCUAAGACACAAAUGCUAGGAUAAACCGGUAGUGAAUGAAAGGGAUUAAAAAAUUUAAUUUACACGUGGCACACUGCCUGACUUAAACAUUUUGGUUUGAGAGCACCUCAGCGGCACGUAUCCGAAUGUCGUCGCUUAUUUACUGCAACAACCUCACAUUUGACUUCAGGAGACGAGUGGACGCUUUCCUUUUAUAGUACAUAAAUAUCCAUUGAGCUUACAAGGGAUCUAUAUCUCAACAGCUAGAAACGCUAUCCUUCUGACCACGAAACUGAUCAUGAAACUGAUUGUCCCAGUAUAUUAGCUCUGAGUUGAUGUACUACCCAUCUUCAGUUCAUAAUAAACGUUUUCUCGCAAAAUCUGUUACAGAAAAUACAUGAACCACCUCAACCGUGAACACUUUGAAUUUUCUGAUGAACAUGCAUACUGUAAUAUAUAUUCGUUGACAUGGUGGAUUUUGUGAGAAAUCAAAUGACUGAUACGUAUUCUGAGAAGUUUAAA